CAGUUGCCAUCAAAAUUGAAAGAAAUCGAAAAUAAACUUAACAACAUUAAAAAAAACGUACUACAUUAGUGCGUGAGGGUUUUUGUCUCCUCUCUUGGGGCUUCGUCGGAGCUUUUCCCGUCUGAUGCCGAGGCUGUCUGGCUGGUCCAGUAAUGUGGCUGUCGGAGAGGAACGUUCUCUACUCGAUUUGAUUGGGUUUGGGUUGCGUCCAGUGGUGCCGAUCUGUUGGCGUUUAUGGUCGGGUUUUACCUGGGAUUACUUGUCGGCGGUGUGGACAUGUAGUUUUGAGUAAAGGACUGGGACUAAACCCGUUGACCCGGCUCAGGUCCGGAAGAUCCGGGUCUAAACUUGGGUUGGGUUUUUGGGUCUGAGAUUAGACUUGAACUGCUUGGAAGUUGCAAUAGGUCCAGACGCUUUUUUUUUUUUUACCCUUGUCUUUUUUUCAUUUUUUUAAAGUAAGAAAUUA